AUGUUCUACGCUGUAAUGAGCAAUUCCUUAAACUCCAUCAUGCUGAAACUAAGAAAUUCCAUGGAUUCGACCCAGAAUGUAACAGAUUUGAAUGCAGUGUGUGACGUCAUCGGUCAUUUGGAGAACUUCCCGAUGACUAUGAUUCAGUUACAGGAUACUAGGAUUGGUCAAUUGUUACAAACCAUUCGUCACAAGGUUGAUCCACCUCUUCAAAAACGCAUUCGACUUAUUAUCAAAGCAUGGCAAAAGCUACUAUCCUCUGAAUAUUCACAUCAGUUUGUCAUUCCUUUGAAGACUUCGGACAAAAAUAUACCUACGUCACCUAGGUCGAAUGGCACACCAAUUAAAAUAUCUGCUCGUGAAAGAUCCAGGCAACCAACAGACGCUGUAAAUGCAAUAUACUCUCCUCAGAUGAAAAGCUCCGUACAUCUCACAAAGAGAAAUUUCCCCGAUUCUCCCUCAGAAAAACUCAACAAAGAUGAUUCACAAAAAUCUGCUGUGCAUCUAACACACCAAAACGAUAACUAUGUUUCAAAUAUUUCUAAACGUCUGAAGUGCGUAGACACAACAUCAACAGUCGUUCAGAUCAAAAGUCCGAGUAACCUUGUGAAUGGUAGUAAAUGUAUGGAAUCACAACCUCAGAAUACCGGAUUUAGAGAAAAGUUAGAUCCUUCAGUACCUCAAACAAUUAUUUCAACAGCAUCUCGAUCUCCUUCAUCGAAGCUCCGAGUAGCGAAUUCCAUGCGUUUGACGAAAGUGAAAUCAACUGCAGAACUGGUCCAGGCUGCAGGAGAUUGUAUUGAUUCCGUAACUGCUGACCGCAUUCUUACAAACAGAAUCAGCAAAGAAGUCGACCCUCCUCGAGUAUGUUCAAUAAUGCAACCCACAAAAACACGUCUGGCUCGUGCAAACUCUGGUUCUCAGUCAAGUUUACGCUGUGUCUCUGCCAAUAAUAAUGAAACUUCGCAUUCUCCUAAAUGUAACACAAUUUUAGAUUCAAAGUCGGAAAUACCCUUGGAGUGUAGAGAAAGUCCUGCUGUAUACGAAAAAGAUCACAACCUAACUUCUGAUUCGGUUAAAAGUGUUAUACCUUUUGUAAACGUUUCAUCUAUCAAUAAUCAAAGUCCUAUAAGCUAUAAUAGUGAAAAUAUAUCCAAUCGACUAUUAUUCAAAGAUCUUGAGAACAACACUGCGUCAAUCGCCCAGAAAGUUAAAAAGAAAAAGAAGCAUAAACAUCACAAGGAUGAAGCUGAAAUAUUAGAUCCUUCCAGACUACAUUCCAACCAACUAAAAAGCCAUCGUAAAAACAAAACGGUUUUCCCCCCUGUGACUAAUUUUAUGAAUGAUUGGCCUGACCUACCGUGUUUGCCGGAAAACAUUGACUGGCAUAGCCUUGAUCGCAGUUAUGUAACUGUCUGUGAUAACAGUUCUAUAGAAAUUUCAGAAUAUAACUCUCCCCAAAAGUGUACAGUAGGUGCAGAAACUGAAUAUGCUUGUAUUUCUCCUACAAAUUUACACUCAAUCAUCCUAGAUGAUCAGUAUUUACAUAUACUCCCUUGGGUUGAUAUGAUUGGUUACAAGCGUCAUUUCUUCCCUUCUUGUUCCGAUCAGGAGUUGAGUGAACUAACUACAAUGCCCGAGCCUUGGUGA